UAAUCAACAGAAAAACAACCUAAAGCCAUGUUGAAAGCUUAGUGAUUCUCCAUUUAAAUCUUAACCCCUUACGAAAACAAAGGAAACAAAAAAUAUUUAUAUUUUAAUAUAAAAUUGUUAUUUUAGAGAGAACAGAUAAAUUAGCAAAAUGGAGAUGGCUAGGCUGUUAAAGUUGAUGUUUAUGUUUUGUAUUGCCGGUCUGAUUCCGACCAUACGAGCCAACAUUUCUGAGUUGGACGAAUAUUGGUCGCAACGAGCCGAUGAGGCCCGAGAAUUCACUCUUCAGGCUUAUCAUUCUGAUCCUUACGAAGUCGUCGAUCACUUUCACGAACGUCAUUACGACAACUCUACUGAUGUUACGGUCACCGAGGAAGAUGGCAGCGCGAAGCCUGAAGAGGUGGAAAAUGAAGUUAUUGAAAUGCCCGGAAGCUCGACGAACAGCACGAGACGGAGCCUAAGAGGUAAAGGAAAAGGAAAAUGGAGUAAGCUUAAGGGACCGUGUACCGCAAGUAACCCGAUAGACAAAUGUUGGCGUUGCCGUACGGAUUGGGCAAAGCGUCGUAAGAAGCUUGUCAAAUGCGUCCGUGGAUUCGGCCACAGGACGACCGGAGGAAAAAAUGGACGCAUCUACGUGGUUACAAGCAACCUCGACGACGACAUGGUGAACCCUAAACCAGGGACAUUGCGUCACGCCGUGAUUCAGAAGGAACCUCUAUGGAUCAUUUUCAAGAACGAUAUGAGCAUUAGGUUAAACCAAGAGCUUCUGGUUAAUAGCGACAAGACGAUCGAUGCGCGUGGAGCCAAUGUCCAUAUCGCGCAUGGCGCAGGGAUCACGAUGCAGUUUGUGAGGAAUAUCAUCAUACAUGGAUUGCACAUUCACCACAUUUCCGAGAGUAGUGGUGGUAUGAUCCGUGACUCGAUAGACCAUUUUGGAAUGAGAACUAGAGCCGAUGGAGACGGUAUAUCGAUCUAUGGUUCGUCUAACAUUUGGCUUGACCAUAUUUCGAUGUCGAAAUGUCAAGAUGGACUUAUUGAUGCCAUUGUUGGAUCCACUGGCAUUACAAUCUCUAAUUCUCACUUCACUCACCACAACGACGUGAUGUUGCUUGGUGCGCAAAACACGAAUGAAGCGGAUAAGAAGAUGCAAGUAACAGUGGCUUAUAACCAUUUUGGGAAAGGACUAGUGCAGAGGAUGCCAAGGAUCCGAUGGGGAUUUGUUCACGUUGUGAACAAUGACUACACUCAUUGGGAGCUUUACGCCAUCGGAGGUAGUCAAGGUCCGACGAUUCUCAGCCAUGGAAACCGAUUCAUAGCUCCUCCACACAAACCUCAUUACAGAGAGGUGACAAAGAGAGAUUAUGCUUCAGAGGAGGAGUGGAAACACUGGAACUGGAGAUCUGAGAAAGAUAUAUUCAUGAACGGAGCAUAUUUCAGACAAUCAGGGAAUCCUCAUUUCAAAUGUGAUCACACGAGGCAACAAAUGAUUAAACCGAAACAUGGAUUAGCUGUUUCUAAGCUGACCAAAUACGCAGGAGCACUUGAUUGCAGAGUCGGAAGACGCUGUUAGAACGGCCCCCCUCUCCCUUCUUUUUUUUUCUUACUAAUGUCUUAAUCAAAGACAACUUUUUUCAACAUUUUGAUUUUUUGUCUUCUAUCUAGUUCAGGAAAUAACUAUUUAAGGGGGUGAAAAUGAAAAACGUUAUUAUUUGGGAAGGUUUAUUUUUUUGUUUGUUUUUGUGUUAUGGAAAAGAGAUAUAUAAAGAGUGA